UUGUGAGACACCCAGAGAGCCAGACAGUGUAUGAAAGCUUACUGUUAGUUUAGGCUCCCUCGCCAAACAAAGUCAGUCUACGUUGGGUAACGAUGAGUACAUCAGAGUCUUUGGAUCGAAUGGAACUCUGUGAAAGUCUUUUAACAUGGAUUCAGACAUUUGGAGUGGAGGCGCCAUGCAAGACCGUAGAAGACUUAACCAGUGGUGUCGUCAUGGCCCAAGCUCUGCAGAAAAUAGAUAUAGUGUAUUUCAAUGAUGCUUGGAUCAGCAGAGUCAAGCCAGAGGUUGGGGACAACUGGAGGUUAAAGAUCAGUAAUUUAAAGAAAAUCCUCAAAGGGAUCUUAGAUUAUAACCAGGAGGUGUUAGGGCAGCACAUCAAUGACUUCACACUACCAGAUGUUAAUCUGAUUGGAGAACAUUCUGAUGCAGCAGAACUUGGGCGGAUGCUACAGCUCAUAUUAGGAUGUGCUGUUAAUUGUGAACAGAAACAAGAAUACAUCCAAACCAUAAUGAUGAUGGAGGAGUCGGUGCAGCAUGUUGUCAUGACAGCCAUCCAAGAGCUGAUGAGUAAAGAGACUCCGGUCACAGGGGGAAAUGACUCUUAUGUGGAUCUAGACAGACAGCUGAAGAAGACUGUUGAGGAUUUGAAUGAUGCUCUGGCUACAAAGGAAGAGAUCGCCCAGAGGUGCCGUGAGCUUGACAUGCAGGUUGCUGCCCUGCAAGAGGAGAAGAGCAGUCUUUUGGCGGAAAACCAAGUUCUAAUGGAGAGACUUAACCAGUCUGACUCCAUAGAGGACAUAAACAGCCCUGCUGGACGCAGACAUCUCCAGCUGCAGACACAACUGGAGCAACUACAGGAAGAAACUUUCAGGUUGGAGGCAGCAAAAGACGACUACCGAAUCCGUUGUGAGGAGCUUGAGAAAGAACUCCUGGAUGUGAAGUCCCAGAAUGAAGAGCUUGUUUCACUGGCUGAUGAAGCGCAGAGUCUCAAGGAUGAGAUGGAUGUCCUCAGGCACUCUUCUGACAAAGUGUCAAAGCUGGAGGGCACAGUGGAACACUACAAGAAAAAGCUGGAGGACAUGGGGCUCCUCAGGAGACAGAAUAAACUUAUGGAGGAGAAAAACACAGCACUAAUGCAGACCAACGUCAGCUUGGAAGAAGAGCUUCGAAAGGCGAAUGCUACCAAGGGCCAGCUGGAGACCUACAAGAGACAGGUAGUGGAACUUCAGAACCGACUGUCAGAAGAGUCUAAAAAAGCUGAUAAGAUGGAGUUUGAGUACAAACGUGUGAAAGAGAAAGUGGACUCACUACAAAAAGAAAAGGAUCGUAUGAGGACUGAGAGAGACUCACUAAAGGAGACAAUUGAGGAACUUCAUUGUGUCCAGGCUCAAGAGGGACAGCUUACAUCAGGUUUGCUCCCGCUGGUCAACAAUGACGGCUCUGACUCGCUGGCAGCUGAGAUCACCACUCCAGAGAUUCGCGAACACCUGAUCCGUCUUCAGCAUGAGAACAAGAUGCUGAAGCUGGCCCAGGAGGGCUCUGACAACGAGAAGAUUGCUCUGUUGCAGAGUCUACUAGAAGAUGCCAACAGAAGAAAAAAUGAACUGGAGACAGAGAACAGGUUAAUCAAUCAGCGUUUGAUGGAGGAACAGAGUCAGGUAGAAGAACUGCAGAAGACUGUGCAAGAACAGGGCUCUAAAGCAGACGAUUCUUCAAUUCUUAAGAAGAAAUAUGAAGAGCACAUGGAAAAAGUAACAGAAUUAAACAAUGAGUUAUUGAAGAAAAAUGCCUUCAUUGAUGAAAUGGAGCCAAAGUACAACGCCAGCUCCCAACGAGUAGAAGAGCUGGAAGAAGCCUUGAAAAAGAAAGAUGAAGAGAUGAAGCAAAUGGAAGAGAGAUAUAAGAAAUACCUUGAAAAAGCCAAGAGUGUGAUCCGGACACUGGACCCCAAGCAGAACCAGGGUUCAGGUCCAGAAGUCCAGGCGCUGAAGAACCAGCUGCAGGAGAAGGAGAGGAUGUUGCAUUCAUUGGAGAAAGAAAUGGACAAGACGAAGAGCCAGAGGGACCACGAGGAGAAACUGAUUGUUUCAGCCUGGUACAACAUGAAUGGCACUGCCCCGAUCCAUAGACCACGAGGGGGCAUGUCGCUGCAGAAGAAGGCGGCUGAAGACCGACUUGCUAACACGGGCUCUGGUCAGUCAUUCCUGGCCCGGCAGAGACAGGCCACCAGCACACGCCGCUCCUACCCAGGCCACGUCCAGCCAGCUACCGCAAGAUCCAUGAGGUAGAGAUGCCGGGCAAGGCUGCCCAGUUGUUGCACCAGUUUUUUUUUUCCUGACUAAACUUUCUUUACCUUGAAUCCUAUGAAGCAAGACUUCUACCUUUUUUCAAACCCCAGUAUAUUUGAUAGGAACUAAUCCCUCCAAGCAUCUUCUCUUCGUCCCCUCCCAACCACUUGUUGAGCCUGUACUGUGUGGCAAACUUACUAUUCAGAUAAUCUGGACCGCAAGGCUCAGAAGAAACACAUCUUGUUGACAAGUUACUGUCAUUUUUAAUAAGAGGAACUGCUCUACCUGUUCAUGCAGUAUUUAUGCACAUCUCUACCUGUGAUAACAUUUGAUGUUCAUGUAUUCUUUGGGUUGGAGACUGUCUUACAAUGUAGCUUUAUGGAAGUCAUCUAAUUUUGAAUUAGUCUUAAGUUGAUUGAGGCAAAGGAAGAUGCAUUAUCACAUGUAAAUGUUUGAUUUGACUACUUAAAGUCUGAAUGAUCUCCUUAAAUGAUUUCUAGUAAGACUACAUGAUGUGAAAGCUGGUAACUGCUGGCUGGUAACAGUGUAGCAAUAAUUUUUAUGGUUAUUCCCAAGAAAAGGUGCUUCGGCAGGUUUUAAAGUUUCUUAAGAAUGUGCAAUCUUCAGUUUGGUGGUUUUCUUAGAUGCUGAUCUAUCUAAUAGCCGUUAUAAGUUUGUUUUAUCUAGCAAAUAACAAAGUCACUGUUAAGCAAAACUACUUGAUUUGGUUUUGGCUCUACCAGCAUAUACGAGGAUAGUCGGACAACACCUCAUGUGCCAUAGAGAUUGAUUGUAUCAGUGAUCUGACAUAAAACCAUUUAACCACAAGACUGUUGCUAAGUUGAAGACGCUGGGGCUACAAACACAAAGCUGGCUGUAAUUAGUUUUGCGCAUUUAAGUUGUUUCGCUUUUCCGUAUCAGAUUAGAAUCAGUUGAUUGCUGUCAUAAUUUAAUAAGAAUGUUUGGUUCUAUUUACAUUCGAUAGAACUGCCUGUGUCAUUCUUAAUAGGAAUUUUGAACCUUAUCUAAAGGCAAUUAUUCUGAUCCUUUUCUCUAACCAAUUUUCUUGUUUUUAAAUCAUAUCACGAUUGACCUUCUCUUAACUCUGAACUUAAUCUGAUCUGUGUCUGAGUAGAUCAAGGGCGCAAUGUUGAAUUCACGCUAACAAGCUCUCCCAUCUGACCAUCACUUCUCUCUCUCCUCCCUCAACAGCAAUGUUACUGCAUGACUGACACACCAGUGACCUGCCCAAGCCUUUCUGUGGCCUACAUUGUCUCCAUGGCUGGGCUAGGCUGAGGCAUGCAAUGCAUGAACUGCCUGCCCUGCGUACUGUUUGCAUGAACCUUGCAUUGACGCAAGCCUGCGAAUAACCGGCCUUCUAGCAGCAGCAGCAUGAGCACUAACAACUCCCUCAGCAGUGUUGUGCAGCAUAACCUCCAGACAAGCCUGAGGCAGGAUGGGGUCAGAAAGAAAAACUCUUCUCCCAAUUAAUUUCUUUUCCACCACUCUGGCUACUCUUCGCUCAUUAUGAUGCUCUUGUGUUACUGUUUCUGUCUGUUUCCCUCUGUCUUUUCUCCAUUUCUUUCAUUUCUUAUGGACAUGCCUGCUUGAGCAUCCAGUCUGUUACAGUUCAACAUAUCAUAUGGAAGAGGGGAUAGGAUACAGCAAUAUUGUCUGUUUUCUGUAGUAUUUGUGUGGAUCUUGAAAUUGGCUGGCUGUUUGAGGAUACCUCAGUGACAUAUUUACAUAUAUCUGUUUCAAUUGGCAUGGUUGAAGGAUGGAGGUAAUAUUUGAGAGGUGUACCCUGCCAACCAGCCUGAAUGGUAUAGAGUAAGGAGUCGACAUCCUUUAAACCUAUACAUUAAAUGUUUAUGUCCAGCCUCCUCUAAACACGUCUCCAGAUUGCUCUAGAGACAUACUCUACCUUUGUUGUAAACCUCACAUAUCAAAUAUAGCCCGUUUUAGAAUAAGGAGAGCUUUACAGGGCUUCACUGUGUUGCCCUGAAGGCUUUUCUUUGGGCAGAUUGCAGCUGGAGCAUAAGAUUACAAAGUGUUUAAAUGAACAACAUUGUUACUGAUGUGCUUUUACACAGGAUAAAAGCCCCCAUUAAGCCUAUUUGCAAUGCUUUUCAGUGUGCCUCUGUCUCGUGCGAUGCACACUUAAAAGUCAUUUCCUUCGUCUUUCUGGUGUAGGUGUUUUUAUUAUUUUAUUUAUUGCCUUUAAGGCAAAUCAUUUGUGGUCUAAUUGGGGCAAAUAUGUUCUGCUAAGUGCAAUUUUUCAUACCUUUUUAUGCAUUUUGAGCAAUAUUUUGAUAAGAUUUAAAAGAAAAAUAAGAAUGUGAAACUGCGUUUGCUUGUGUAGGCUAAUGCCAGGGCCAUUCAUUUAGGCUCAAAGAGGUGAAGAUGUAGAAAGGAAAGGGAAGCAGAUGCAGUAAAUAACCUUAAAUUAUUAUUUGGCUCACAGACUAUUUUAAGAAAAAAAGAAACAAACAAAAAAAACAUUCACACUAUUCACUUUAAAGACAUCCUGCAUUAGAUGCCAGUGUUGUUCAUUUGUGUAACCAUAGGAAUUUAUAUGUUGGCAUUAACUAGAAUAAGGGGACUCCUUGCGUAUGCAGUGUUCUAAAUGACACAAAUUUUAGUUUUAGACAUGGAGAAACAUAUGUUGCUGCAAGUAAUAUUGUACAUUUUGUUUGGCUUUUUUAAAUAAAUUUCUUAUUUAAGUUUUAUUUUUAGAGCUUAUUAAAAUUUGAAGUUUACACACUACACCAAGCUGUAUGCAUUUUGUAGGUGUAAAUGCAUAGAAAAACUUAAAUGAGAGAGAUGAGUGAAUCCUCCAGUUUAGUGCCUUUUUAUAUAAUUUAAAACCUUCUGUUUUUUAGGAUUUAAAGGCAGUAAGGCAUCUUGCUUCAUGAGCUGCGUUAUGUCAUUUUUAAGGAAAGAAAAUGUCUCAGUGGAGAUUCAUCUGCUUGAUAAUUAACCUCUACGCGGGCUUAAUGAGGGCUUUUUCUCUGUAUAUAUACCCUGUUUUACUUAAGAUAUUUCAAUCGUUUAACCAUAAUUUGAUCAAUGCCAUGUAUUUUCUCUUAAUGGCUUAUUUAUUCUUUUGCCGCUUCUACAGCAGUGUUAACACUUGUUCUUUUUAUCAGUAGUAUUAUCACUUAUACUGUUACAAUGGAUGUGAUGGAGUUAAAAAUACAAAAGGAGCAAUGCAUUGAACAAAUGGUGUAAACUGGAGGAGAGAAAUGUUACAGUACAUGAAUCUCUGGUUUCCACAAGAAAAUCACUGUGCAAAGAUAUUGUGUAUGCAAUGUUUUGUUUUGUUUUUUUCUUAACUAAAAAGCACAUUUCGAUUGACUGAAAUCGUGAAUUUGCGACGAUCCUGCAGGUGAUGUGUUUAGGUUUAGACAGCAACAAAGACCAGCGUCAUAAGCUCAAAGCUGCAUUUGAAAAAGCUUUGAUUCAGUGUUAGCAGCCGAAAUUAGUCACCGAAGGAGUUUGUUCUCCAAAACUGAGUGGUAAAAUUCCAUUUGUGGCGUGUAUUCAGAAAAUAGUCUCGUCCAAGUGUUUUAUAAAGCACCCACCAAACAUCUUGCAGUUGGAGCGUUAAGUUAGAUUAACCGUCCAUCCCUAGAAGUCAGGUAAGAAAUCUGUAAAUAAUGGAACUCAUCCACACUGCUGGACCUGCUGGCAUUUCUGUCAGGGAUGUGGGAAAACCUUUGUUUUUAAUAUCUCGCUCAAAAGGGAUUUUUUCUCCCUUUUCUCCCCAUUAAAUUUACCACUUCAUAUUUAUUUGCUUAGAUUUUCUGUGGUUAUUACUACCUGAUGUCAGAACUCAGCUUUGGGCCAUUUUCAGGGUUUAUCAAUACCAACUGAUCAGCAGUGAAGAAGGAAAAAAGACAACAUGCUACUCUGUUGAAAGUAUAACUCCUCAUUUUUUUUAAACUAAAUAUUUUAAUUGAGUUAAAGUAAUCCACAAAACUCACUAUGUUGAAUUGAAUCUGCAUUGCCCUCCCCGUGUGUUUUUGCUGCUAACUGCGCCGUGGCCCAGUCAAAUGUAUUAGAUAACAUGAGCAACACAAGGCUGCUCACAGGUCAGAAUUAUUACGCGUGUUGUGGUUGCUUUAUUUUUUUUACUCAUUUGAAAUACCGAAGUAGCAAAUAACCUUCCAUUUGCCAAGUUUUAUAUUGCUUGUAUACAAAUACUUUGUACAUACAGUAUGUAUUAGUGGUGUAGGAAGUAUCUAAAUAUCUGAGAAUGAGAGAGUAAAAUUUGCAUCUUAGGUGGGUUUUAUUUCACAUCUGUUCAUUGAGGACCUGCUAAUGGAAAUGUGCUUCCUAAACCACAAAACCUGGAAACAACCUUGUAAAUAAAACUUGUAAAGAAAAACAAUAAAAUAUUCUGCCUG